CAAGGUCUUGAAUGUCUCCAUGUGAGUGGAAUUGUUGUGCUUUGUUUCAUUUUAACUAAAAAUCACAAAUCUUUAAUUACCUGAAGCAGUUAAGAAGGGUUUCUGUGUCAUAUGCACAGUUUGGUAGAACUGGGAAAAAGAAAGGAGACUGAGCUGAAAGAGCUGUUUAUUAUACAAACCAAGCUUUCUGUACAAGCCCUGGAGACAUUGAGUUUGCUUCCUGGUGUCUUUCUUCGAUGGCUGCUGAGGAGGGCUAUCUCAUCAUUCAGCUAGAUUUUUUUAAAGAAUUUGAAGGAGACAUCAGAUAGCAACUCUUUCUGUGCUUGCUCAACUGCAGGCCCAGAAAUCCUGAAUCUACAAGGCCAAACAGAGAAACCCAAACCAUUUCUGCCACUACUUUACACCAUCUCUUGACAAAUUGUCCCUCCAUCUGGUGCCAGUUCAAGCCCUAUUUGGGACAUUGCUGCAAGCUCUCUUCUGUUUUGGAACCACCUCUUGGAAAGAAGAAAAGGAAGUUAAAGGACACGUGAAAAAGUCAAGACUGCUGUGACCUUGAUAACUGUUCAAAUUUCCUGGGUAACAGAGACACUUAAAUCUGUGUGAAGACGGACAAAAUUAUUUUUCUUUCCAAGGGUAUGACACAGUGAAACACAUCAACAAUCAAGUAAGAGUGCAGGCCUUUAGGAAACAUCCAGACCAGCAUUUGGGUUGCAGUGGAACCCAUAAGACAGGAGUCUACAAAACAGGUGAAAUAGUGAAAUUUGGUAAAAAUGGCCUGUGAAUUUAAUCUGAACUUCCUUAAGGAAUUAGAACGAGAGGCUGUUCUGGAGGUCCUAUACCGUGACCAGAUGGUGAGAAAAAUGGAGGAGGAAAGAAUAAGGAAAAUGAAAUUGCAGCUACAGCAGCUUCGGUGGAAAGGGGCAAAAAAUGCAAGGCAUGAGUACCAGGAGAGAUCUUGUGCUCGCUGUCAGAAGUCACUGGGGCUGCUGAUGAACAGAGGAGCAGUGUGCAAUGGAUGCAGUCAUCGGGUGUGCUCGGAAUGCCGUGUCUGCCUGACCCCCUGCCUCUGGAAAUGCACCAUUUGUUAUGCUCAUGGAGAUGUGAAAGUGAAGGCUGGUGAAUGGUUCUUUGAGGAACGAGCAAAGAAAUAUCCAGGUGAAGGCAGACAUGAAACAGUUGGUGCAAAGCUCUUGGAAUCUUACCAGAGUCUGAGUAAAAUUUCUGUCGUACCUCCAACUCCACCUCCUUUCACAGAAUCAGCAGCAGGAACCAAUGUGAUGGGAAAUGAACUUGGAGAGUCCAAAAGGUUUAAUAAAUCUGUUGAAAACUUGUUCUUGUCUCUCACAACACAUAUAAAAAAAAUAUCAAAGUCCCAGAAUGAUAUGGCUGACAGAUGUGUCCUAACCACAGAUUGUGGGAAGAAUGUGGAAAGAAGAAAGCAAAGAAGAAGCCAGUCUGACACUGCAAUCAACAUUACAAGCAGGGUGAAAGGUGCAGCCAGUCUGCAACAGCUCAUCACUGAGGCCCAAAAUGACAGUGAAACUCAGAGCAAAAGUAGUUGGAAGGAGGAAGAAGACAUAACAACCAGUCCCACAAGUGAUACAGUUUUCUGUGAUGGCAGAAAACAUGGGAGUUUGUAUAGUCUUAGCAGCACUUGCACUGAGUCUGGCAAUUUUGGCAAGGCUAACAUCACAGGAGAAAUAGAGUUUGCCUUAAAGUACAACUUCAGAGCUUGCAUCUUGGAAGUUUGCAUCAAGGGAUGCAAGAACCUGGCUUAUGGAGAAGAGAAGAAGAAAAAGUGUAACCCGUAUGUGAAGGUUUAUUUACUUCCUGAUAAAUCUCCUCAGAAUAAGAGGAAGACAGCUGUGAAAAAGAGCACAGUGGAUCCAGAGUUUGAUGAGACUUUGAAGUACAAGAUUGAAUACUCCCAGCUGAGAAGUCGGCAACUUCAGAUCUCUGUGUGGCAUGCAGGAGCUCUCAAAUACAGGGUGUUUUUGGGGGAAGUGAUGAUUCCCCUGGCAGCAUGGAAUUUUGAAGAGGACUCAAUGCAGUUUGACUGGUACCCGCUCAAACCCAAGCUUGAGAAGCCUGAAGAUGAUCUUAUCCAGUACAGCGGUGAACUCCUCGUGUCUGCAAAACUGUCAGUACCAGCCCAGUAUCAAAAACUUCAGUUUGAAGGAAACAGAGACCAAGGAGCUCUCAACUGCCAGCUUCAGGUUAUGAUAUUUGGGGCCAAGAACUUGCCCAUGCUGAGAUCUGCUGGAAUGCUGAACUCCUUUGUUAAAGGUUGUCUUGUCCUUCCAGGCCAAACAGAGGUAAAGCAAAAGUCUUCUGUCCUGAAGAAAGAGGCCUGUCCACAGUGGAAACACUUGUUUGUCUUUGAUGGUGUGACCCCAGCUCAGCUACAGCAAUCAUGUCUGCACCUGACUGUCUGGCACAAGUCAACUUUCAGCUCAAGUGAUCAGUUCCUAGGAGGAGCCAAGCUUGGUGCAAAGGAAUUCUUUGGUGCUAUGGACCUUGCUUCUCAGGGAAUGCUCCAAUGGCAGGAAGUGCUCUGCAACCCAAACAUGUGGACAGACUUCACACUUGUACUGCAUUCAAAUAAGGAAAACUACAAAUCAUGAGAGAUUAUCAGGCAACAAAUUUUCCUUUCCCAUGUUUUAAACUGGAGUGGUACAUACACUUCAGGUCUGGGAAAGGUAUGCUGCAACAGCACCUAUUCUAGUUUUUUUGGGGGGAAUAGAAUUACGCAUUUGAAUGUGUGUGACAUUCUGAAUGUUUUAUUUCUUCAAAAGUUAAGGCUCAAGCCUGUGCCUCCAGCUGGAGUGUAAGGUUAGUAUUAUUUCUUCAGGAGAGACAGCCUCAGUUUGAGAUGCAUUAUGCUGACUAAGCAACAGGAGCCAGACAAUGUGCAGCUGUCCAUUUCCAGGCCUAGAACUGUUUAAUUUAAAGCCCAACUGGGAGUACUUCAGAGCAAAUAACUGUUACAACAUGAAAGUUACAUUAUUUCACUUUUACUUUGAGGUUUUAGGCAAGGAAUUCAAAACCAGUUUAUCUUUGUCUACUUGCUGCAAAUGGGUGAUGCUAAUGCCCAUGUGCUUCAGUGUUAUCUACACUGCCACUUUAUUUCAUGUGGCCACAUGGUCAUCAUUUUAUUUGGCCAUGUCUCUCAAAUGUGUGCUAUAGCAUGAUGCUUAGAAAGUUAAAUGUAUAAAUGCUCUGUUAGUAGCUGGGUGGGACUGCAGCCAAUGGAAUAAGGGUGGGUAUAACAAGUUCCUUCUUAUCAGCUGCCACUGUAAGACAGAAUUAACUGCUCUGAUCUGUAGGAUGUACAGCGCACGACAAAACCUUAGCUGAGUUUAUAAUUUCCUCAUGUGGCCAAGCUUAGGGCCAAACUCCUGUGUCAGUUUGCCUUGCCUUGGAUGUGGCCUUUACAGUCAGCAGAAACUUCUUGUGUACAACUGUAACUACUGCUGCUGUGUUAUACUUUUAGUCCUUAUUGCAAGUAUUCCCCCUUCUUCCUUUCUAGGUCAGUGUGGCUCUUAGGGAUUUGAGAUUUAAAGACACAGGGACUCAUAAGCUAAGCUCAGGAACUAAAAGAGCAGUAGCACAACUUAUUCAAAAUAAACCCCUCUCAAGAAACACUUCACUCCAUCGCCUUUGUUACUUUGCAGAUCUUUUAUUUAGAUGAUUGCUGCUGCAAAUAAAAAAAAAAAAA